AUUCACACCAACCAACCCGCUUGCGCGGCAAAGGUUGGGAAACGUCGCGCGUUGGCAGCUGUAAAGCGCCUCUGCUAGGCUACAGGAUUCCCACACUCCUGCCUCAGUCAUGAAUCCCCUCACCUUCUUUCCUCCACCAUCGCGCUCCCUAUCUCGACAAGGCGCGCCACCUCUCCGCAACAGCACCGCCACCGGCUCUUCAUCGCUCUCCAACUCUACCAGCGCUCUGGGUGGAGCAGCUAGCAACGGCAUCGGCUCAUCAUUCACCCCUGCAGGCGGGAGCAGCAGCAGUGGUCAUCACAGCCGCCAUUCCCGAACGCCCAGCUCGAAAUCCAGACCCGCUUCAUCGAGCAGCGCGCGCAGGCAACGUCCGCACUCCGCCAUCGACAGCAGCGGCAGCCAAUCAAACUCUACGACUCCUCCAUCCGGUCCAUCCGACUCGGAGGCUACAGCUUCUCAAGCUUCGGGCAGCAGAUCUCAAAGCAGGCGGCCAUCCACUUCUGCAGCAGGGGCCAGCGCAACAAGCAGCUUCGAUACAAAGGGAGCUUCUCUAAAGAUGUCCACUCGAGCCAAGGUCCCUUCGCCCCGCGGCGGUCUGUCGCGCACCAUGUCAACCAGCAGCACAGAAGGUGGCAGUCUCAGCGCUGGAGCCCUCUCGGAUGCGGGCGGUGCUGCAAGCACUUCCGCUGGUAGCGACGCCAGUCGCAAUGGCAAGAGCGCGAAUCCAGAGCAAGGCAGUCCCAGGACGAAAGACGCAGCCGCGGCCAAAGGCAAACCGCCGGGCAUGUUCUUUGAUUGGGUGAGACCGACUGAGAUCGCUCAAGCUUAUCGCAUGGAAAAGGAAGGAUUUGGAGAAGAUGCUGCGAGCUUGGACAAACUCAAGUACAGGCAAAAGAAUGCCGGUCACUUGUUCCUCGGAGCCUUCUUGCCCACGCCGCCGCCCAAGAUUGCUGGACCUCUAAGCAUCUCCGCGACGCCGCCUAGACAACUCCUUGCCUAUACUUGCGGCACAGCAGCCGCCGCUCUCACCCUUCGCAGCAUGUCGGUGCACAGCACGGAUGAGGAUGCAUGGCUGGUCUGCCUUCAUUCUGUAUGCGUCUUGCCUUCAUUCAGAGGCCGGGGUCUGGCCAAGAUGACGAUCGAAGAGCUGGUCAAGCGACUGCAGAGGGCUGAGCUGCAAAUUGGGGACGCAAAGUCGAGAGGACCUCAACGAGGCUACGAAUGCGUAGCUUUGCUAGCUCACGAGGAGCUUAUCCCUUUCUACGAAAAGUGCGCCUUCAAACUCCUGGGAGUGAGUCACGUACAGUGGGGCAGUGGGAGCUGGUUCGAGAUGCGGAGAUACCUCUUUCCGAAAGAUGGAAGCAAGCCAAAGGCGAUUGCAGAAGAGGCGGAGGAGACGGCCUCUGCAGGCGACGGGAGUGUAGCUGCAGCAGCUGCCACUGCUGAGGGCGACAAGAAGCAGGCAGCGUCGACAAGUCUCGCCACCUCGACGUCGGGAUCCUCUUCUGAUUCCAACGCUCGCAAGUCUCCCCCGCGAACACCACCGGCCAACAAAGGGGCAAGCAUCGUGACGGACGUGAAAGGCAUUGUCGAUAGCCCAGGUGCCGCUUCGGUACUCGGCGAGACGACCUUUUCUGCGGCGCAAGCUGCUUCGCCGAUUGCUGCCGAGGCCCCUGCGACAACCCCGUCCAGUGCGCAGCCGCCGCCGAGCUCGCAAGGCGGCAAGACUGGUCUGCCCCAAGGCAUGACGCAGGAGCAGCUCGUCGCUGCGCUCCGCUCUCAGACCCUGAGUCCGUCCACAUCAGGUCCGCGCAACCCUGGAAUGGCCUAUUCGUCCGUGCUUGGCCAGGCGCUGGCGGCCAAGACUGCGGUCGAAGAUGCCUUCCACGCUCUGGAAGCCAGAUUGGUCAAUCGGGAAAGGAAUACGAACAUAGCGGAGCUCUAUUGUCCCAGAGAGGAAUGCGGAUGCAAGCUCAUCAAAAAGAAUGUCGCGGAGUGGGAAAUCGCCGAAAUGGGUCCGUUGUCGUCGGCGAACCUCUCGCUUCCCAAUUCGCCAGCGCCUCCUUCAGCGCCUCAACCGCCUCCGCCUCCCCAAUCCGCCCUUUCCAGAAUUCGUUCUGCAGUCCCCUCGUUCGGCGAGCAGAGCGGCUUGGGCGUGACGCGCACCCCUGUGCGGGGCUUUUGGACCCUCGUGUCUCCCCUCUCUUUCGAGAAUAUCGGCUUCUCAAAAGACGCGGCGUGGGUCGUUCCCGACCUGCCCACUUCGCCCAAUCCUUCAUCCGGAGGCAUGUCUCCCAUCGACGAAGAGGGAAGCGGCAAGUCUGCCCGCAAGCCUCUGGCAAAGCGAAAGAAUUCUCUGUUCUGGAACACGACGGAGAAAAAGAGGCUUGCUCAAGAGGAAAAGGAAAAGUCGGAGGCUGCUGCUGCAGCUGCAGCAGCAGCGGCGGCUGAAGGGAGGAAUCGAGCAGAUGGAGAUGGAGCGCAGGGUAGAGGAGGGUCUUCGAACCUGACGGUCAAGGUGAAAUACCUGCUUUGCGCCGAGUGCGAUUGCGGGCCGCUCGGAUAUACCGUCUUGCCCGUCGGCAUGCAGGAUGGAGGAUUUGCGAAGUCUGUAGGCGAACAGAUCAAGCCCGAUGCGCAGCCUAGCGCUCAACCUGCCGAACCGCCCAUCUUUCUCAUCGCGGCAGAUCGAGUCAGGUAUCGCUUUCUAAAGAAUUGAGGCCGAAGCGCUCGCUACGUAGUGCGCUAUCUUUUCCCCUCGCACCCCUUUUCUCCUCUCCCGCCUCGACCUCUCUUGCAAUCG